AGAGAGGGACAGCAGCAGCAACAACUGUCAUCUCGUCAGCUCGCUCGGGGAGGGCUUUGGAGUUUAAAACGGUGUGAAUAUGAUAGCCAUCUCUGGCCAUCGGGAUUGCUUAUGCAAGUGGAGAUCCGGAGGCACAACUACAAAGUGGCCCGUUCUAAAGGACUAACCUUACAGAGGCACAACCAAACAAUACGACGCUGCGGGGAUAGCCAACGGGCACAUUGUGGACAGCCGUCGAGGGGCCUCACGUGAAAUGAUUUCACCCUUUUGCAUGGAGAGAGGGGCCUGUUCGAGUUGUGACGAGUGACAACAACGGUGGAUAUAGAAGCGUGCGAGGGAAGGGGCCGAGGAGGUGAGUGAAGUGGACGGGUUACCCCCCUCCUGGGUAACAAAAAGAUGACCGUGGUGUCCCAGGAGAACCGCUCUGAAGACACUGUGGUGGUGGCCGCCCCGCUGUUCCAAGAUGCUGUGGACCUGGAGCGAGGAGACCAAGAGUGCAGCGAGCGGGUCCUCAUCAACAUCUCGGGUCUGCGGUUCGAAACCCAGCUCAAGACCCUUUCGCGCUUCCCCGAAACGCUCCUUGGAGACCCGCGUAAAAGGAUGCGCUUUUUCGACCCGCUGAGGAACGAGUACUUCUUCGACCGGAACAGGCCCAGCUUCGACGGGAUCCUUUACUAUUACCAGUCCGGGGGGAGGCUCCGGAGGCCCGUGAGCGUUCCCGUGGACAUCUUCAUGGAGGAAAUGAAGUUCUACGAGAUCGAGGACGGAGCCAUAGAGAACUUUAAAGACGACGAGGGUUUGAUGCGGGAGGAGGAGCGCCCGCUGCCGGACCACGAGUUCCAGCGCCAGAUCUGGCUGCUGUUCGAGUACCCGGAGAGCUCGGGCCCGGCCCGGAUCAACGCCAUCGUAUCGGUGGUGGUCAUCCUGAUCUCCAUCAUCAUAUUCUGUAUGGAAACGCUCCCGGAGUUCAGAGAACUUCAGGCGCCUCCACCGCAGGAGAGCGCCAACGGAACCUUCACGCAGGGCAAGAAGCCCAACCCCUUCACGGACCCCUUCUUCAUGGUGGAGACGCUGUGCAUCGUGUGGUUCUCAUUCGAGUUCCUCAUGCGGUUCCUCUCGUGUCCCAGCAAGCCGGUGUUCUUCAAGAACAUGAUGAACCUGAUCGACGUGGUGGCCAUCCUGCCGUACUUCAUCACCCUGGGCAUGGACCUGGCGGAGCACCAGGGCAGCAGCCAGCAGGCCGCCUCGCUGGCCAUCCUCAGGGUGAUCCGUCUGGUGCGCGUCUUCCGCAUCUUCAAGCUGUCCCGCCACUCCAAGGGCCUCCAGAUCCUGGGCCAGACCCUGCAGGCCAGCAUGCGGGAGCUGGGUCUGUUGAUCUUCUUCCUGCUCAUCGGAGUCAUCCUGUUCUCCAGCUCCGUGUACUUUGCCGAGGCUGAGGGCCCCGAUACGGAGUUCACCAGCAUCCCAGACGCCUUCUGGUGGGCCGUGGUCACCAUGACAACGGUCGGUUAUGGAGACAUGUGCCCGUCGACUAUCGGCGGCAAAUUCGUGGGGUCCCUGUGCGCCAUAGCCGGGGUGCUGACAAUCGCCCUGCCGGUCCCCGUCAUAGUGUCCAAUUUUAAUUAUUUCUACCACCGGGAGAACGGGGAAGAGGAGGAAGGGCAGUACAUACACGUGACGUGUGGGCAGCAGCCGUCGUUCGGGGAAUUAAACUCAAUCGAGAGCAAACAAUCCAUUUCCAAAUCAGAGUACACCAUGGGGGAUGACGACUUGGAAACUCUGACGCGCUCCAAUGCCGGUGCGUGUCGUGAGUCGUACAGUGGCCAGUUGACGGACGUCUAGAGACGCCACGGGCCUCUACGCUCUGUGAGAGGAAGGUGUGACGGCCGACGGGACGUGGUUUUGACUCUUGUUGUCAAUAUGAACUAUGGAUAGCCAACUCCAUUCAACUUCUCUGUAUAAGCGGACCAAGGAAUUGGUCACCAUGGAAUAAGUGAGUUUUGAGCGCCACUAUGUGGUUUGGUGAGAGCUCUGCAGGAGAAGGCCAUUUCCUGUCUCGGGCGUUGCAGUGUGGAAGGUGAACAAUGUGGAUUUUGUUUGACUGUUUUGAUCGUGAGAUUCGUGGCUCAGCAUGCAGAUAGAGGAAGCAUGUGUAUCCUUCAGAGUAGCAUUGCCAUACAAAUAGGACAUGUAGGCUACUGCUCCAAAGGGGUGAGGUAUAUAUAUACGUGGUGAUGUUGUUGUAUCAGAAAGUAAAAAUUUGCAAAUACUUAAGCUCCUGGCCUGCAACAGACGAGUCAUGGGUCUUUCUUUACGCGUACAAUUGGCCUCUUCUUGGUGUCAAUAGGCUGUCGUUUACAUGUGAUUUUGUCUUCGUGGAAAAACAUCUCAUAGAAACUGCGAGUUUGGUCCGAAUAUCUGUAUGAAAUGGAACCAUUGUGAAUAACAAGAUUUAUUUUUCUAUGCAAACUUGUGGUCUUUUAUUCUUUUUCUUUCAUUCUUCAUUUUUUUUUAUAAAUAAAUGUUAAAGAAGAAUAAGAAAAAAAAAAGGAGACGGGCAGUUUUCAUUGUGAAGCAAUUCUGACCAACAAAAUAUACAUAUAAAGUAGUAAUAGUAAUGUACAUUACAGACCCACCAAAACUAUUUGUAUGAGGCUUUGUCUGGGAUCAUCACACUAGGGUAGUUUCACUUCUGGAAUGACCUUAUCAGAAGAGCUAAUACAGCUUUAAUGCAGUAAACCCUACGCCGGACCACCACAACAGACUGGAUAGAGACACAGCCUAUAUAUAUGAUGUUAACAAUGAUAAUCUCAGAUGAUAGGCCACACUAAACACCUUUACAGCUUCCGUUUUCCCAUCAUAAACGGCCUAUUUUAGGAAUCAUCUCCAACCAAUGUCCCGGGAGGAGCAGAACUGCAGUGCUGAAACGUACACGCUAUAGCCCUAUCUAAAUUUAGGUGAUGGGCCCACAUCUAGCGAUAGACCUAGUGUCACGUGAUGUGGGAUAAGUUCCUCAUUUAAAACACAAUCUGAUGACCUGGGACGAUUCAGGGUGUACACUCUUGGUUUGCGGAGGGGGAGGACCAUUGUUUGGCCCCGUUGUACGCCUGAGUUUGUUUUCGGACAUAAAACGUCCCAUGGUCUGCUCCUCAUAUAAAGCAACACCAAGUGGGUCUCAGCCCGG